UGAAAAUGUUGUUAUUGUAGCUAGCUACACGCUGUCAACGGAAGACUGUUUGCUUACAUGAACCGGGUCGGAAGUCUGUCCAUCAUGGUCUGAGGUCUACGAAAGUUAUCAAGUUAUCUAACGUAAGACAAGAGAGGUCAUUUGACAGCGCCGUGGCACUGUUUGCACGAAUAAUUACAUAUCAAGUAAUCGCUUUGAAAACGCUAGGAUGUCAGACAAUGGCGGAGUGGCUGUUGGCCUUCUGUCUUACGAGACCCUCGUCCAUGCAAUGGCAGGUGCAGUGGGUAGCAUGACGGCGAUGAGCGUGUUCUUCCCCUUGGAUACAGCCAGGAUCAGAUUGCAAGUUGAUGAAAAUCGGAGGUCAAAAUCAACACCUGUAAUCCUGGCAGAGAUAGCAAAGGAAGAGGGCAUACUGUCACUGUAUCGUGGAUGGUUUCCUGUCAUCUCUAGCCUUUGCUGCUCUAACUUUGUGUACUUCUAUACCUUUAACACCCUGAAGAGAGCUCUGGUGAUGGGCAAACCACGGCCUGCCAAGGACUUGCUCAUGGGAAUGAUCUCUGGGGCAGUGAAUGUGCUCCUGACCACACCCAUGUGGGUGGUGAACACUCGCCUUAAGCUUCAAGGAGCCAAAUUCAGGAAUGAGGAUCUUCACCAAACCCACUACAGAGGCAUUUUUGAUGCCUUCUCUCAAAUCAUUGCUAAUGAGGGAGUGGGCACUCUGUGGAACGGGACCCUACCCUCUCUGAUACUGGUCUUUAACCCUGCGGUCCAGUUCAUGUUCUACGAGGCCAUGAAGAGGAGGGCUGCACGAGGGGGCAGAAGGUCUCAGCAGCAUGCGAUACUCACGGCGGGUGAUGACCAGGAUGUUUUCGACCUGGACAUAGACGAGCAUGGCCUACCAGAAGCCCUGUGUGAGUCUCCAGCUACCGACAGAACAUAGAGCCAGAUGGAUAAUUCCUUCUUCGCUCUCUACCGCCGUGCUGCUCAGAAGCUGGAAGCUGGGUAGCCUAGAGACUCCACAGGUUUGCUGGAUUCUUCUACCCAGACUCCUAUGAUCGUGAUUCAAUAUCUGCCACUGUUUCCAGAUUUUGUGUUGGAGCUAACAUCAUCCUGGAAUAAGCUGCUGUCUAACUGCACCCUGGUGCCUUGUUACGCGGAAGUUCCUGAACCAUAAUGGAGCUGAGGUCGGGGCUGUUGCACCCUCCUCCUAUGGAGCCAUCCCACGCCUCAUAUCUGGACCCGCCAAGGAGUAAUGCCAGGAGCCUAGCGAAGAGUUCUGUUGUGGAGGUUUUGACAUUCUUACAAGAACUAUUGGAGCAAGACUGCUCUUUUUCAACAUUAAUGGUGUACCUAGAGGCUAUUUCAGCAUGUCAUAUUGGCAUUGAUGGGGUGUGGCCAGGGGCCCACCCUCUUAUUAUCUGCUUUAUGAAGGGCGUGUGCUGCCUGAAGCCCAUUAUCAGAUCACCUGUGCCAUCUUGGGACCUACCUCCUGUUCUGGAUGCUCUGAGCUGUUCUCCUUUCGGCCCCAUUAGUGUCUGUGGACGUAAAUUCUUACUUUGGCUUCAGCAAAGCAUGUGUCUGAUAUUCAGGCCUUAUCUGGAAGUCCUUCAUGCACCGAGUUUACACCCGGUGACACAACCCUAAUGCAAAGUGCGAAAGUGCAAGACCAUGCAACUUAUGCUAAGAUUGUGGUCAUGUCUUUUGUCUUUUUUGCUAAUCCAGCUGGUGGCAGGGGGCUGUGUAAACAGCGGCUUUCCCCCUGGAUUGUGGAGGCUAUCUCCCUGCCUCUUAAUAGCAAGGGCCUGGUUCAGGGGUGUA